CUGUCCACACUCUAACAGAUUUAGAUAUCGCGCUCCGACUGAAUGACAAAUAUCAAAUAAAUAAAAUACAAAAAAUACACGAGCGACACACACAACAGCGAAAUAAGCGAACCCGCCGUAGUAAUUACAAAAAUAUACAUACUAUACACAUACAUCGCGUAUACGAAGCGUGAAACACAAAACGAUCAAAUAAACGUAAACAAUUACAGUUAAACACUAACGGAAAUUUAUAACAUCAAUCGGAGCCAUGUUAUAGUCAGUAGACAGAUCGGAAAGGAUGCCACUGGAGUGUAAAGGUUUAUUGGAUAACUACUUUUGGAUAUGAAUAUGGAAUUUGAAUUUCCGGACUUUUCUCGCCCAGAUUUUAUGGAUGGCAUUGACAAUGAAGCACUGGAUUUGUUUAUGCAGGCAGCCGGAGUCGGUGGCCUUGACGAUGCGGCACAGCACAGCCACAACGAUGGAUUGGCCGUGGACAGUGUGGGCGGAGUGUCCACCAAACUGGAGUCGCCACACACACCGCCAAUGAAUGUGCUCGAUGCACAGCUGACGACGGGUCGUGUGAGUGGCCAUGGAAUGGCCAUGCCUCUGGCUCAUUUGCCCGAGAGCCCGCCCGACUCGGGCUCCGAGCCAGCCUACAGUCCACUGGGCGAAACACAUGGCGUGGCGUUGCCCGGACGUGAACUCAUCUAUCCAGGGCUACCAAACAUGCAACAGCAGCAGCAGCAGCAGCAACAACAACAGCAGCAACAGCAAUCAAGCAUGUUGCCCACAGAGCUGCAAUUUGCAUCGCCAGCGCAACAAGGACAUCACUUUGUGUCACCUGCGCAGGAUGUGCGCGUCAAGCACGAGGCUGGUCUGGUGAUGAAUGCCAACAGUUUGCUCUGCCAGCAACAACAGCAACAGCAGCUGAACGAGCAGCAACAGUUGCUGCUGCAGCAACAGCAACAACAACAACAGCAGCAGCAACAUCAUGAGUUGCCGCAGGAUCAGCUGCUCUAUCAGCACUAUGACAACGGUCCCGGCUUGUAUUCGACUGGCAGCUAUCAGAAUCUGUCCAGCAUUUCCACCUGCAUGCUGACCUCAUCCCUGGGAUUGGGCGAUCGCGUUCAGGUCAUUGGCACCAGUCAGUUGUCCCUCAAUCGCUGCUCCCCGCCAUCGACACCGGUGCAUUCGUCGUUGUCGCGCAAACGCAAAAUGUCCACACAAUUGGAUUGUGCUGAUUUCGCACCCAAGCAUGACACUGGUUUGUUGAUGAGUCCGUUGCGUAGUUCACAUCACUCGAUAGCACCUCGUGACAUUACCAGCAGCAACAGCAGCAGCACAACGAUAACAACAGCCAGCCACAGCCACAGCCAGAUUCAUAGUCACAGUAGCCAGAGCGAUCAUGAUCUGAGCAAGACACCCGCGCAUUCACAUUGCUCCGCCUCCGUUUCGCCAGCACUCUCGGCCAUCAAUUCGCAGGCGGACAACAGCUUGGACGGACAGACGAGCAAUGCGGCAGCUGGCUCCGGCUCGGGCAGCGAGGCUGGGGAUCCGGCGUUGACACAAUGCAUUCGCUUCAGUCCCUUCCAGCCGGAGAAUUGGCACAAGUUAUGCGAUCAGAGUCUACAGGAGUUGUCCGUCAUCUAUUAUCGCGUGGAUGCCGAUAAGGGUUUCAAUUUCAGCGUAUCGGAUGAUGCGUAUGUGUGCCAGAAGAAGAAUCACUUUCAGGUCACUUGCCAUGCUCGGCUUCAGGGAGAUGCCAAAUUUGUGAAGACACCGUCCGGCCUGGAGAAAAUCAAAUCCUUCCACUUGCAUUUUUAUGGUGUCAAAUUUGAGGCGCCCAAUCAGACAAUUCGCGUGGAGCAGAGCCAAUCCGAUCGCUCCAAGAAGCCAUUCUAUCCCGUACCUAUCGAUCUCCAGAGCCAUAUUGUCAGCAAAAUCACAGUGGGGCGUCUGCACUUCUCGGAGACCACCAACAACAACAUGCGCAAGAAGGGACGCCCCAAUCCGGAGCAACGUUUCUUUCAGCUCGUCGUCGGCCUGCAUGUGCACACCACCUCUGGCCACUUUCCCGUGGUCAGCCAUGGCAGCGAGCGCAUCAUUGUGCGUGCCUCGAAUCCGGGACAAUUUGAGUCUGAUGUGGAUCUGUGCUGGCAACGCGGCAUCACUCAGGAGUCCAUCUUCCAUGCGGGACGUGUGGGCAUCAAUACUGAUCGUCCGGACGAAAGUCUUGUGGUGCACGGCAAUCUGAAGGUGUCCGGACACAUUGUCCAGCCCAGCGACAGUCGCGCCAAACAGGAAAUUGCUGAAUUGGACACGUCGGUGCAGUUGCGCAACAUGCAAAAGAUCCGCAUUGUCCGUUAUCGCUAUGAACCGGAAUUUGCUGUGCAUUCCGGGCUGAGACGCGAGAGCGACACGCGGGAAAUUGUGGACACGGGCGUCAUAGCGCAGGAGGUACGCGAAGUUAUACCGGAUGCGGUGCAAGAGGCUGGCAGCGUUGUACUGCCCAAUGGAAAUGUUAUUGAGAACUUUUUGCUGGUCAAUAAGGAUCGUAUACUAAUGGAGAACAUUGGAGCUGUCAAGGAGCUGUGCAAAGUGACGGGCUCGCUGGAGACGCGUAUCGAGCACCUGGAACGCGCCAACAACAAUCACAACAACCACCAACUGCGUGCCAAGGAUUUGCUGGAACCGCGCUGUCUGCUCCCUCCUGCGCCCUCACGCAACUAUAAGGCACAUAAUCGUAGUGAUGGCUACGAGAUCUGCUCGAGUCGCGUCAUGCAGAUCAUUAUCUUUCUGCUGAUCAUUGUCAUGGCGGCGUGUUUGGCAGCCGUGUCCACGCUGUACUUUGUGGAGCACAACAAGCAGCAACAGCAGCCGCAGCAGCCCCUGGAUGGCUACCAAUUGUUUGGUGACUCUCGCAUCUUUCGUCAGGAUGCGUCCACAUCGCGUUUGAGCGACGAGGAUCGCCUCAAUUUUCAGCACAACUUGCAGACCCUCUUCAAGAACAAAACGCACGUACCGUGGCCCAGUUUAAUAUACGGGGCAAGCACCACGCGUCCCUCGGGAAGCACGCUGACUAUGCGCCUGGGCGAUGGCGACGAGAUUCAGGAGAAGGAGAAGGAGGAGCUCACCGCUCUCAUGAAUGAUCCGCAAGUUAAUCCAGCGUUGGCCAUGCCCACAACAAUAGUCAGAAUAACAACGACAGCGCCGCGCAACGCCACGAAACCAAUUGCCAGCAAGAACAAGUCCAAAUGGCCCGUUUCCCAUGAGGUGUUGCGUCCUGGUGGCAGCAGCAGCAGUCAAGGCGCCGCCCAGAAGCUGCUGCAGAGUGUGCGAGUUGCUGUGGUAGGCAAAGCAUUGGCAGCUGUAGCAGCAGCUAAUAAUGCCACUACCAUCACAUCCUCGGAAAAGCCGCAAUCGAUACCUGUUUCGCAGGAUUUCGAAAACAACUCCAUCGAUGUGGAUCAACAGCAGCAGCAAUUGCAACUGCAGCAACAGCAGCUAAAACAACCGCUGAAGCUGGACGAACACAUUGUGGUGGUGGGCACCAUAGCCAGCACUGCGGUGGACAAUGCAGCACCGGAUCAAACUGUGCAAACCAUUCGCAAAUUAAACGCUGGCGACGUCGCCAUUUACAAUGUGUACAAAACAGUUUCGCCCCCAACGGCAAAUCUAGCACUGACCACCAACAAGGUGAGCACGGAGCAGACGCAUGUGCCCAGCACUCUAUCGUUGCCUCUGGAUGUGCCGCCGCCGGCUGCGGUGCGCAACACGAGUGGCGCCAGCAAGGAUAGCGGUGAUGCCUUAGAUUUGCAGAAUCUGAGCAAUACCAACGAAUCCGAACCGGCGGAUAAUCCUAUUACAGCGCUCUUUGGUUUCGAGUAUCCGAGUGGUUUGAGGGAUUCUAGUGUGGGACGACGCUCUGCCAAUCAGCGCAGCCUGGACUGGAUACGCAACAAGAGCGUGAAGACGCCGCUCUUUGGUCAUCCGCCCGAGUGCACCAAGGACAAGGACGAGCACGACAAUUGUCAGUCAUCUUGCUUUGAGGAGCUGCAGCCGGCUGCAGCUGCUGCAGAUAAUGUGGACGCCAAUGUGCAGCAGCAUCAGCAUGUGGAGGAUGAACUGCAGUCAGCGGAGCAGGAAGACGAUGCCGACAUACUGAUCAUACAGCCCGUGUCGAGCAGCAGCAGCAAUGAUAGCGCCAGUAAUGUAGCUGCCUCACGGGUCUAUCACGGUAAGAGUUCGCACAACACGGCCGCCAGAACCAAGCAAUUUUCCAGUGAAACGGACUCCUCGGCGGGCGAGGAUGCGCUCUAUACGGUGUUAAAUGAUGCACCUGUGGCUGCUGUGGAGCAGCAAGCUGUCGUGCAGCCUAAAGAGAUCGCUGCAGUGGAGACGGCCACAACGUUGCCGCCGCCGCCUCAGCUGGAUUGUUGGAGCAUCAGCAGUUGUGUGUUGGCCGCCCUCAACAACUACACCAUCGAUGUGGAGCACUUCUGUCCCAGUUCGGGCAGUUCCUUGAACAUUAGCUAUGUGGUGCCCGUGUCGCGUUAUUUGAAAGCUUCCACCUUAGAGCUGCACUUCAGCUCCAACAAGCCGCUGCAAUGGUCCAUUUGCAGCAACGAGGAUCAGAGCAAAUCGAGUCAGGCAGGCGCACAGCUGAAUGAGGACGAUGAUGUGCCGGUGAGCAGCAGCUGGGUGAAGGUGCUCAAGCAGCUGGGCAACAAUAAGCUGAUCCUGGCCCUGGACAUGCCCAGUCGCGGCAACUUUGAGCGCGACUUUAUGCUGCGUGCCAGCGCCGAUCUAGAACAACAAAAACUAUGCGAUGACAACGCCCAUGUGGCGAACCCUAUACUCCAGUACAACUUUAGCAUCGUAAGAGAUUGUGAUUAGUUAAACAAUUUAAUUUAUGGCACGCAUCGAUUAUGGCAAUCGGAACCAAAAUGUUGUGGCAUUUCUUAUCCCACAUUUCAAUAAUUGGCAAUUACAUUGCAACAACAAGAAACUAUAAAAAAUGCAUAAACAUUUAUCGACAUUUUAAAUAAAAAUAUUUAGUAAAAUGACAAA